UGGGGAUGGGUUUGGCUUCUGUUACUGCAGUUAGAACUUGCUGGCCGCCCCUGCUCUUGCCCCCAGCCAACGCCGUCCGCCGCAGCUGCGAAAGUGUCUCGGCAGGCGGCGGCAGCCUAGGUAACGAUGGCCGUGUCCGGCGAGAAGCGGCCUCCGCCGCCGACCCCGGCCUCCGGUGGUAUGGCGACGAAGGUUAUCCUAGCUCUGUCUGUGUUCUUAUCGGCGCUGCUGUACAAGCAGAUUCAGUCGCCGCCACCAAAGAUCCCCGGCUCGCCGGGCGGCCCUCCGGUCACGGCACCCAGAACAAGGCUCAGUGACGGCAGGCACUUGGCUUACCUUGAAUCCGGCGUCCCCAAGGAGAAGGCCAAGCACAAGAUCAUCUUUGUUCAUGGAUUCGACUCCUGCAAAUACGACGCGCUCCUGAUUUCCACGGAGCUGGCACAAGAGCUGGGCAUCUACCUGCUCUCCUUCGACCGGCCCGGCUACGCCGAGAGCGACCCGCACCCGGCCCGGACGGAGAAGAGCAUCGCCCUUGACAUCGCGGAGCUCGCCGACAACUUGCAGCUGGGGCCCAAGUUCCAUCUCAUCGGCUUCUCCAUGGGCGGCGAGAUCAUGUGGAGCUGCCUCAAGUACAUCCCACACAGGCUCUUAGGAGUGGCCAUUCUUGGCCCGGUGGGCAACUACUGGUGGUCCGGCUUGCCGUCGAACGUGUCGUGGGACGCCUGGUACCAGCAGCUCCCACAGGAUCAGUGGGCAGUUUGGGUCUCCCAUCAUUUGCCCUGGCUGACCUACUGGUGGAACAGCCAGAAGCUCUUCCCGUCCUCCAGCGUCAUCGCCUACAAUCCGGCUCUCCUAUCUGAAGAAGACAAGCUGAUCAUCCCAAAGUUCGCCUACAGAACUUACAUGCCGCAGAUCAGGCAGCAGGGGGAGCACGAGUGCCUGCACCGCGACAUGAAGGUCGGGUUCGGGAAGUGGAGCUGGAGCCCCCUGCAGCUGGAGAACCCGUUCGCCACCGACGGCCAGGGGAAGGUGCAUUUGUGGCACGGCGCCGAGGACCUCAUCGUGCCUGUCAGUCUGUCGAGGUACAUCAGCGAGAAGCUGCCGUGGGUCGUCUACCACGAGCUUCCCAGGUCCGGCCAUCUCUUCCCGAUCGCCGACGGGAUGGGCGACGUCAUUGUCAGGUCCCUGCUGCUCGGAGAUGAUGAUCAGUGAUCGGCCUGGGUUGAUCUCCAUAUGGAUUCACCGGCGUAUCGUGUACUCCAUUCGCGUAAUACGGUUCAUUUCUGUACCGCAAAUCCUUGUAGGUACACACUACUACGUACUGCCGUAGUGCCAUAAAGGUGAGUGACACACUGGCACUGCAGCAUCCACCGUGUAGUUAGGUAGCCGCUCUGGUCAUGUGCACUAAAUAAGAACUUCCUGAUAAUAAUAUCGCAGGAGGGGGUGAUGUACAACAACAACGCUGCACCGUUCUCACAUUUAAGACAUGCCGUUCUGGGUUCGUUGCACCUGGAACAACACA